AUGGCAAAAAUGAACAAAACUCACAGACCAUGUGCGAAGAAUUUGACAAGAACUUCUGAACAUCGUGCUAUUUUAAAUUCUCGAGAUAAUUAUUCUUCAACUGAGAGCUCAGUAAGUAUCACAGAGAUUAAUCAAGUGGAUACAACGACAAUAAGAAGCACUUCUGAUGAUAUGAUACGUCGACCGGAUGAUAAACCUACGGGACAAGAAAUCACGUUGAAGACACAGGAUAAAGAACUUUCUAUUGAAGAUGGUUCUAAAUCAGUUCCAGGCAAUAAUAUUUCAGCUACAAGCUCAGAAAGUAUGAAGAAGAAUGAGCCGGAAACAAAACUGCCGUCUGAUAACGAUCUUAAUACUAAGAUCCAACAUACGGUUAAUGAAAGUAACGAGGUUAGUAAACCACCGAUGGAAGAGAGCGAUGGUUCUGGGAAUAGUUCUAGAACAAAUCCCGAUGACCAUACUUUAACAACGAAAUCUCCAGAAAUAAAAGAUAAUCCAGAACUAAAAGAUAAUCUAGAAUCAACAAACUCAUCAGCAGGGAACACUUUCAAUACAAUGCGUCCAAAAGAAGAGGGUAAGACGGAGAAUUAUGGACCAUUGUUAACGACAGCGAAAAAUGAUACUACUGAAAAUGGUUCUAAAAUUUCUGUAGAUAAAAAUAUGUCUACUGGAGACUUAUCAGGAACCAAAAAUGAUCUAAAUUCAAAGACAUCAUUAGUAACUAAUACUUCCAGUGCAAUUAAUCCAAUACGAGAUAGUAAGACUGAAGAUCAUGGAACAAUCUCAGCAACUACGAAGAGUGAAUCUGCUAAAAAUGCUUCCAGCCUUCCUUCUGACAAAGAUUUAUCAUCUACAGAAUCAUUAGGAACCAAGGAUGGUCUAGAUUUACUGACAUCAUCAGGAAGUAACAUUUCAAGUACAACGAUUCCAAAAGGGGAUGAUGAAACUAAGAGUAACGGACCAUUUUCAAUAACAACAAAAAAUGAUACUGCUGUAAAUGGUUCUAGCCUCCCUUCAGAUAAAGAUAUAUUGACUGCAACAUCAUCAGAAACCAAGAAUAAUAUAGAUCCCACAGCAUCAUCACCAAUUGAUGCUUCUCAUACAACGAUUCCAAAAGGAGAUGAAGAAACUAAGAGUAAUGGACCAUUUUCAAUGACAACAAAAAAUGAAACUGCUGAAAAUAGUUUUAAAAUACCUUCUGAUCAACAUACGUCAACUACGGAAUCAUCAGAAACCAAAAAUAAUCUAAACUCAACGACAUCAUCGACAAAUAACUCUUUUAAUAAAACAAAUCCAAAAGAAGAUGAUAAGAUUGAGGAUCAUGAAACAUUGCCAACGACGACGAAGAACGAAUCUGGUAAAAAUAGUUCUAGCUUUCCUUCAGAUGAAAAUUCAACAACUACAGAAUCAUCAGAAACCAAGGACGAUCUGAACUCAACGACAUCAUCGGCGAGUAGUACUUCCAACACAACGAAUUCUAAUGGAGAUUCCACGGCUAAGGAUCAUGGAACAUUGUCAACAACCGCAAAGGAUGAAACUGCUAGAAAUGGUUCUGGUCUUCCAUCAGAUAAAAAUUCACCACCUACAGAAUCGUCAGGAACCAAAAGCGAUCUAGACUCAACAGCAUCAUCACCAAGUAACGCUUCCAAUACAACGAAUAUAAUAGGAGAUGAUGAGACUAAGACUAAUAGACCAUUGUCAACGACAACAAAGAAUGUUACUGCUGAAAAUCGUUUUAGCUUGCCUUCAGAUGAAGAUGUGUCGACUACAAAAUCAUCAGAAACCAAAAAUGAUCUAAACUCAACGACAUCAUCGACAAAUAACACUUUCGACACAACAAAUCCAAAAGGAGAUGAUACGAUUGAGGAUCAUGAAACAUUGCCAAUGACAAUGAAGAACAAAACUGGUGAAAAUGCCUCUAGCCUUCUUUUAGGUGAAAAUUCAUCAACCACAGAAUCAUCAGGAACCAAGGACGAUUUGAACUCAACGACAUCAUCAAAAAAUACCUCUUUUAAUAAAACAAAUCCAAAAGAAGAUGAUAAGAUUGAGGAUCAUGAAACAUUGCCAACGACGACGAAGAACGAAUCUGGUAAAAAUAGUUCUAGCUUUCCUUCAGAUGAAAAUUCAACAACUACAGAAUCAUCAGAAACCAAGGACGAUCUGAACUCAACGACAUCAUCGGCGAGUAGUACUUCCAACACAACGAAUUCUAAUGGAGAUUCCACGGCUAAGGAUCAUGGAACAUUGUCAACAACCGCAAAGGAUGAAACUGCUAGAAAUGGUUCUGGUCUUCCAUCAGAUAAAAAUUCACCACCUACAGAAUCGUCAGGAACCAAAAGCGAUCUAGACUCAACAGCAUCAUCACCAAGUAAUGCUUCCAAUACAACGAAUACAAUAGGAGAUCAUGAGACUAAGACUAAUAGACCAUUGUCAACGACAACAAAGAAUGUUACUGCUGAAAAUCGUUCUAGCUUGCCUUCAGAUGAAGAUGUGUCGACUACAAAAUCAUCAGAAACCAAAAAUGAUCUAAACUCAACGACAUCAUCGACAAAUAACACUUUCGACACAACAAAUCCAAAAGGAGAUGAUAAGAUUGAGGAUCAUGAAACAUUGCCAAUGACAAUCAAGAACAAAACUGGUGAAAAUGCCUCUGGCCUUCUUUUAGGUGAAAAUUCAUCAACCACAGAAUCAUCAGGAACCAAGGACGAUUUGAACUCAACGACAUCAUCAAAAAAUACCUCUUUUAAUAAAACAAAUCCAAAAGAAGAUGAUAAGAUUGAGGAUCAUGGAACAUUGCCAACGACGACGAAGAACGAAUCUGGUAAAAAAAGUUCUAGCUUUCCUUCAGAUGAAAAUUCAACAUUUACAGAAUCAUCAGGAACCAAGGACGAUCUGAACUCAACGACAUCAUCGGCGAGUAGUACUUCCAACACAACGAAUUCUAAUGGAGAUUCCACGGCUAAGGAUCAUGGAACAUUGUCAACAACCGCAAAGGAUGAAACUGCUAGAAAUGGUUCUGAUUUUCCAUCAGAUAAAAAUUCACCACCUACAGAAUCGUCAGGAACCAAAAGCGAUCUAGACUCAACAGCAUCAUCACCAAGUAAUGCUUCCAAUACAACGAAUAUAAUAGGAGAUGAUGAGACUAAGACUAAUAGACCAUUGUCAACGACAACAAAGAAUGUUACUGCUGAAAAUCGUUUUAGCUUGCCUUCAGAUGAAGAUGUGUCGACUACAAAAUCAUCAGAAACCAAAAAUGAUCUAAACUCAACGACAUCAGCGACAAAUAACACUUUCGACACAACAAAACCAAAAGGAGAUGAUACGAUUGAGGAUCAUGAAACAUUGCCAAUGACAAUCAAGAACAAAACUGGUGAAAAUGCCUCUGGCCUUCUUUUAGGUGAAAAUUCAUCAACCACAGAAUCAUCAGGAACCAAGGACGAUUUGAACUCAACGACAUCAUCAAAAAAUACCUCUUUUAAUAAAACAAAUCCAAAAGAAGAUGAUAAGAUUGAGGAUCAUGAAACAUUGCCAACGACGACGAAGAACGAAUCUGGUAAAAAAAGUUCUAGCUUUCCUUCAGAUGAAAAUUCAACAUUUACAGAAUCAUCAGGAACCAAGGACGAUCUGAACUCAACGACAUCAUCGGCGAGUAGUACUUCCAACACAACGAAUUCUAAUGGAGAUUCCACGGCUAAGGAUCAUGGAACAUUGUCAACAACCGCAAAGGAUGAAACUGCUAGAAAUGGUUCUGGUCUUCCAUCAGAUAAAAAUUCACCACCUACAGAAUCGUCAGGAACCAAAAGCGAUCUAGACUCAACAGCAUCAUCACCAAGUAACGCUUCCAAUACAACGAAUAUAAUAGGAGAUGAUGAGACUAAGACUAAUAGACCAUUGUCAACGACAACAAAGAAUGUUACUGCUGAAAAUCGUUUUAGCUUGCCUUCAGAUGAAGAUGUGUCGACUACAAAAUCAUCAGAAACCAAAAAUGAUCUAAACUCAACGACAUCAUCGACAAAUAACACUUUCGACACAACAAAUCCAAAAGGAGAUGAUAAGAUUGAGGAUCAUGAAACAUUGCCAAUGACAAUGAAGAACAAAACUGGUGAAAAUGCCUCUAGCCUUCUUUUAGGUGAAAAUUCAUCAACCACAGAAUCAUCAGGAACCAAGGACGAUUUGAACUCAACGACAUCAUCAAAAAAUAACUCUUUAAAUAAAACAAAUCCAAAAGAAGAUGAUAAGAUUGAGGAUCAUGAAACAUUGCCAACGACGACGAAGAACGAAUCUGGUAAAAAUAGUUCUAGCUUUCCUUCAGAUGAAAAUUCAACAACUACAGAAUCAUCAGAAACCAAGGACGAUCUGAACUCAACGACAUCAUCGGCGAGUAGUACUUCCAACACAACGAAUUCUAAUGGAGAUUCCACGGCUAAGGAUCAUGGAACAUUGUCAACAACCGCAAAGGAUGAAACUGCUAGAAAUGGUUCUGGUCUUCCAUCAGAUAAAAAUUCACCACCUACAGAAUCGUCAGGAACCAAAAGCGAUCUAGACUCAACAGCAUCAUCACCAAGUAACGCUUCCAAUACAACGAAUAUAAUAGGAGAUGAUGAGACUAAGACUAAUAGACCAUUGUCAACGACAACAAAGAAUGUUACUGCUGAAAAUCGUUUUAGCUUGCCUUCAGAUGAAGAUGUGUCGACUACAAAAUCAUUAGAAACCAAAAAUGAUCUAAACUCAACGACAUCAUCGACAAAUAACACUUUCGACACAACAAAUCCAAAAGGAGAUGAUGCGAUUGAGGAUCAUGAAACAUUGCCAAUGACAAUGAAGAACAAAACUGGUGAAAAUGCCUCUAGCCUUCUUUUAGGUGAAAAUUCAUCAACCACAGAAUCAUCAGGAACCAAGGACGAUUUGAACUCAACGACAUCAUCAAAAAAUAACUCUUUAAAUAAAACAAAUCCAAAAGAAGAUGAUAAGAUUGAGGAUCAUGAAACAUUGCCAACGACGACGAAGAACGAAUCUGGUAAAAAUAGUUCUAGCUUUCCUUCAGAUGAAAAUUCAACAACUACAGAAUCAUCAGAAACCAAGGACGAUCUGAACUCAACGACAUCAUCGGCGAGUAGUACUUCCAACACAACGAAUUCUAAUGGAGAUUCCACGGCUAAGGAUCAUGGAACAUUGUCAACAACCGCAAAGGAUGAAACUGCUAGAAAUGGUUCUGGUCUUCCAUCAGAUAAAAAUUCACCACCUACAGAAUCGUCAGGAACCAAAAGCGAUCUAGACUCAACAGCAUCAUCACCAAGUAACGCUUCCAAUACAACGAAUAUAAUAGGAGAUGAUGAGACUAAGACUAAUAGACCAUUGUCAACGACAACAAAGAAUGUUACUGCUGAAAAUCGUUUUAGCUUGCCUUCAGAUGAAGAUGUGUCGACUACAAAAUCAUUAGAAACCAAAAAUGAUCUAAACUCAACGACAGUAUCAGCAAGUAAUACUUCUAACCCAACAAAUCCAAAAGGGGACGCUAAAACUGAGGAUCAUGGAACAUUAUCAACGACUACAACGAAUGAAGCUACUAAAAAUGUGACCAAUGAUUCUUCGGAUAAAGAUAUGUCAACUACAGAAUCAUCAGGAACCAAGAAUGAUCUUGAAUCAACGACAACAUCUGCAAGUAACACUUCCACCACAGCAAAUCGAAAAUACUGUUUUUAUUUUUAUUUCGAUAUUAAUGAGUUGAUAAAAUCAAUUUAUAACAUAUUAGUAUCAAGUACUCGAAAACCUUGAUUCUAUUUUGUUCUUGACAGCCUCGUGACUUUUGAAGAAACUGUUACUUAUUAAUGGUUUUCAUAAGUCACGACUACACAGUAAAAAAUAUUGUGUAAAAUCAACACAGUUUGUGUGUUAAAAACCGUUGACACGAAAUUUGUGUUGAAAUUUUGACACAAACUUUGUGUAACCCCUUUUUAACACAAAGAUUAUGUUAAAAUAUCGCUACAAGAGGGCGCAAAGAAUCCUACACUUUUAAAGUGUCAAUCUUAACACAAAAUAAAUGUUAAAUAAUUUUAUUUAUUCUAAUCAACUGUUUUAUAC